GCUCGGAGAGCCGCGCCCUUUUGCAGGACUCACCCAGACCAGCGCAGGUAGCACUUCCUGAUGCGGCUGCGUCGUGUGCACACAGGUGGCAGUUGGAAAGUAAACUUUAACCUUGGGAAGUCAACUCGCUCCAGGGACCUUCAGACGCGUCUCGUGUCCGGACGCCAGGAGAGGAAGGGCGCCCGGCUUGCUCCAGGAGACCAGGAUCUGGAUCUGGAGCGUCUUCUCUUGAGAGAAAGGCCUCGUCUCUGAAGUGCAUCGUAUUUCCUCUCCAUUGUCAUCAUUCGGUCGGCUACAAGUGGACCUGGAUGUUUGGAUAUAUCCCAAGAGCGAGACGCUCUCAAGACGUCUGAACUUCAGCCUCAGUCGUGCGCCACCUCGCUAGCCCAGACCUGCAUCCUGGACCUGCGGAGCUGACACUUUCACUGGGUCUCCUUUCUGCUUGGUGGCUGGAGAACUGGUCAGGGAACUGCAGCAGGCCUCCACAGUGAUGGCGUGCCGAUGCUGGCGCCGACUGGGAGGGCAGGUCUAGAUGCUGCCCACUGAGGUCCUCCACCCGAGCGGUCUCCUGGUGACGACUCUUCUGUGACUCCAUCGAACCCGUCAACAUGGACACGCAGACCUCAGACACGGAGGGCUGCUACUUUAACAAGACCGUCAAGUUCUUCUAUGACAAGAGCAACAAGAACAUCAGCGACCACUGGAGGACUCGGGACUAUGUGGUGGUCACCCUGGGGAUGACGGUCUGCUUCAUUGUCAUCCUCUCCAACCUGCUGGUCAUCGCCUCCAUCUUGAUAAACCGACGCUUCCACUUUCCCAUCUACUAUCUGCUGGGGAACCUGGCUGUGGCCGAUCUUUUCUCAGGUGUCUCCUACCUCCACUUGAUGUUCCACACCGGCCCCUGGACCAUCAAGCUGUCCAAGUACCAGUGGUUUGUGCGGCAGGGUCUCAUCGACACCAGCCUGACGGCGUCCGUCCUCAACCUGCUGGCUGUGGCGGUGGAGCGCCACCAGACCAUCUUCAACAUGCAGCUGCACAGCAAGAUGAGCACGCGGCGGAUCUUCGUCAUCAUCGUCUUCAUCUGGGUGGUGGCCAUCAUCAUGGGCCUGAUCCCCACCAUGGGCUGGCACUGCCUGUGCGACCUGGAGAACUGCUCCACCAUGGCGCCCAUGUACAGCCGCAGCUACCUGGUCUUCUGGGGCAUCCUCAACCUGCUGACCUUCUCCGUCAUGGUGGCUGUCUACACGCGCAUCUUCAUCUACGUCAGACGCAAGAGCAAGCAGAUGUCGCAGCACACCAGCCAGUCCAGAUACAGAGAGACGGUGCUCAACCUGAUGAAGACCGUCUCCAUGAUCCUGGGGUUCUUCGUGCUGUGCUGGACCCCGGGCCUGGUGCUGCUCAUGCUGGACGGCCUGGGCUGCGACGAGUGCAAGGUGCUGCGCUACGAGAAGUACUGCCUGGUGCUGGCCGAGUGCAACUCCUUCGUCAACCCCAUCAUCUACUGCUUCCGGGACAAGGACAUGAGGAAGACCUUCAAGGAGAUCCUGUGCUUCCUGUGCCGGCGGGGCGAGGACCGUGAUGGGAUGUCCGCCACCCACUUCAACACCCUGGACCACGAGUCUCGAAGUGCUGAGCUGUUAGAGAGGCGCAACGGGGACUCUGUCGUCGGCGACGGCUGCAAGGACGCCUCUGCUGGCUGGAGGUGAAGCUGCAGCGGGGACUGGACUCCUGGUUUCUCAAGUGUCAGCGACGCUCAUCCCGCCGGGGUCCUUGGAUGGACCGCGAACAGUAACUUCAGAGGUGACGUGUCUACCUGGGUCACUGUCGGACGCUCACCCCAAAUGUUUUUUUUGUUUUUUUUUAACAGAACUUUUGUCUCGGAUUUUAUCUCCCAGAUGUUCCAUUCCACCUGAUUUUGUUUUUAAACCUCGAUCUUGAUCUCAAUCUGUGUGUGUGUGUGCGUGCGGUUCUUUUAGCCGGAGCUGUUGGUUACACAACAGUCCUGUGGUUUUGUUCGUGACACGGUCUCAGCACAGGUGUGCGUGAGGGAUUUUCCUCAGAUGGCUGUCUGGUCCAGCUCAAGCUCGCCACCUACAGGAUGCUCCAUGGCUUCUGAGCAGUGAACUGACUCUCAAGUCUGUGAAUGUCCUGCAAGUCCACAGCUGAACAACCGGAGGUCAUUAAAACCCAUCUGACUUGGUGACGUGUCGUUGUGAGUCUGUGGCUGUGGAAAAGAGUCAAAGGUUUCAGGUGUGUGCUCCAUGAAGACGCAGCAGCUCUGCUCCGAGUCUCCAGUUGACUGAGCUCUCAUCAGUGUGAGAGUUGUUUUCAGGCCCAGGAGCGAAUGAAGAGCGGCAGCAGAUUUGUGAUCGACAUUCACAUCAGGCUUCUCGCUCGGAGUUUGAAACUGUGUCCCAAGCCACGCCCCCAGUCCAUAAACCCGCCCCCUCCAGACACGCCAUGUCAACUGACAGACUUUUCAACUGGCUUUGGAAAGCACUAGUUUUAACAUCUGUUUGGACAAAAAUAACUUUUGAUAAAAACAAACCUCUGAGUCAAAUAAUGGUCAACAGAGAUGAACUCAGCAGCUCUUGCCACAGAAACACUGUCCGAUGCAGGAGUCUGCUGGUCAGCUGUUUUACUCAGCUCACUCUGAUUCAUAACAAAAAUGAAAUGCACAUUUUUAUCAUGACUCUUUCCCUUACUACCAGCUAAAUGUUUUGUUCAUCUUCUUUAUGCGAGGUAAGCAACAGUUGUAAACUUUCACACAUUUAAACACUCAUUCGAACUACACUCUCUUCAUGGAAGCCAGUGUGAUGACAGGAGGAGUGAGGUGUUACACUGGCACAUUUAGGGCGUCCUGCGGCGGAUACAGGAUUGUUUGUUGUUACAGGAUACGGCCAUUGUUUUCUCACAUGCUUUGUUUGAGUUCCACUGUUAAAAAACAUUUUCUUCCCAAACACCAUCAACAGAGCUUUAUUUGUGGCUACACACAUGAGAAACGGAGGUUGUAGUUUGGUGUCAUCUUCCAGUUCAGGGUUUUUUUAAGGACAGUUUCCCGCCGCUCCUCGGGCUGAUGUCUUCGUCCACCCGCUUCUCCUUCCCCGUCUCAGAGUGGCGUGCGGCUUCGCUCUGAUCUUUAGAAAUCCUCCUCUUUAUCUGGUCCCCCAGCUUCCCGAACCCCUCCUGAAUCGUCUCCUUUCCCUUUUUCCCAAACCUCUUCUUCUUCUUCCUUCUCCGAAGUUCGUCGAGGUUCAGCUUGUCCACUAAACUCUUCUUGCGUUUCCUCCUGGGCAGCCAUCGCUUCAGUUGUUUGGAGGCUCUGUCCAGAGGUGACCGUUUCUUUCGCCUGAAGAAAGUCCUGGACGAGGAGCUGCCCAUCCCACGCUGACCUGCAGAGGGAGCGCGAGGUUGAGAAAUCACUUGUCAAACUCAAGGCCCGGGGGCCAAAUCUGGCCCACAAGCUCCUGCAAUGUGGCCCAUUAAUGCUAAA